UAAGGACAAAGGAUGUGGCUCUGUCAAACAUAUUUCUCGACAUAUGGUGUAAUCGCGCGCUUCGAUGGUCACAGUGUCAAUCAAUUUUGGAUUUUUUUAAUCAAAUCGAUUUUUAAUUACGUAACAUUACGUCCUUAUAUGAGUUUACUUAAUUUAAUUUACAACUCCAUUUGGGAAAAAUACAAAUAUUUCUGGAAUACAAAUUAAUUUUUUUGACAUUCAUUUCGGCAGAUUGCACAUAUCUGUCUCAUUAUCUCAAUGUAAAACCGAACACGACAAAUCACUGUUUUCAAUAUUUACAUUCAGAUUAGUCCAAACUACAUGAACCUUUAUUAAAUAACUGCCAUUUUAUCGCCGUGAUUGCCGCACCGCCAUUCACAUUACAUCAGCCUUAGAUUCGUCCAAAUGUCCAACGACUCUUUCGACAACUCCACCAUCACAUAUGAAGACCUCAUCCUUCUUGACACCAACACGAGAAAAAUCUUCCUUGGAGUUUUCAUCGUGAUCACAAUUUUUUCCCUCACCGGAAACUGCGCCGCCAUUUAUGCCAUCACCCGAAAAAACUACCGGAUUUUCCAAAAAACGUGUAUAACAUCAUUGGCCUUGUCAGACAUUUUCGGAACCCUGGCAAUUGCCAUAACCAACAUGAACGCCUUCGUUCAUGAAGCCAGAAUUUGGCCUUUGGGGUCGUUUUGGUGCCAGUUUUUACCAAUGUGCCAAAUGGGCUGUGUCAUGGCAAGUUCAGUUGCACUGAUGUUUGUGGCAAUGGACCGGUAUCGGAACGUUGUCUUUGCUACUAGUAAGCGGUGGAACCCCCAGCUUUGGGUGUGCUUGCUGGUCACUGCAGCGCUCUGGUUGGGGAGCUUUUGGGCUUCGUACCCCCUGUACACUUAUUACUUGGCUGAAUCUGUUCCUGGUGAAAACGAAAUAUUCUCGGUCUGCAUCUUGGCAACUGACAAGCGUAUAUUUCGUAACUAUUACAUUAUUAUGGUGUGCGUUAUAUUCCUACCCCUUUUCGUGGUUUUCCUCUGGUUCUAUUACAAAAUCGCAGCUCUGGUCUGGAAACACCGCAAGCCCGUAUCAAGCGCUUUGAAGAAAGAAACGCACUCUAAUAACCACGAAAGUUCUUCUUCGACAACUGAAGUUAAGAAAAGCCAGGAGGAAAUAAGGGUCGAACGCAAAAUUCGAACGUUCAAGAUUAUUAUUACUUUAAUGGUCGUGUUCAUUGUGUGUCGUUUGCCGUAUUUUGCGAUCCAGAUUUUGAAAAGUACACGGACGAGUUUCAAUGACAUGAAAGCAUCCUGGUAUUGUAUUUUUGCAUUUAUGGCACUGCAUAUUGUCAACUGUGCUUUGAACCCGCUGUUGUACACUUUUCUCAACACAACAUUGAAAGUUUGGUUGAAAAUCCGAAGCUUUUUCUGGGAAAUUUGCUGUUUUUGUUGCUCGGCUGAGGAAUUUGACACUUUUGAUAAAAAUAACCCGUUCACGAUGGAGGAAUAUGCAAAGAAGGAGGAUGGGAAAAAUAAAAACAUGAAAGUCAGGUUUAGGUUUUGAGUAAAAGAGUGCGUUUUCACGAAGCUUUAUUUAAUUUUAUUUUAACAUCAUCAAAAACUAGGCCUACCUAAAUAUCAAAUAUCUAUUUUGUAUAAUGUAUGUACCUACAUAUUUAUAAUACAAUGUUUCUUAUUAUUAUGUGCUGUAAAAUGCACAUAUUUAACACCUCGUACGUGGCAAAAUAGUUUGUUGGUGUCCAACAACGAACUACUUUGCUAACAAUCUAAUUGUAUACUGUGCUUCAUUUUUGGUAUACAUUGUGAUCAUUUAGUUUCGUUUCGUUUUGUAAAAUAAAUCUCUAUGGAUAUUGUUUUAAAUUACCCUGUUUGAACUUGAUUCCACGUGAAACUAAAGUCGUAAAAAGGUACGAGGUGCCCGAUUUUAAACAUAUUUACUCUUAUCUAUUGUAAUUAUUUUUUUUACAAAUUGCACCAUUUACAGAUUGCAACAUUAAUUUUUAUACACAAUUAUGCCAGGGAUACGUUCCUUUUUGAGAAUUUCGAAAAUUCUUUUAUACAUUUAAAAACGAACGAAUUUUUCGAAAAUAUUGCACUCGAGUAUUUAUCGGUACUGUCUGGGGGAGGGGAAAAAUCAAAUACCCUGCAUUUCGCGGAUUUUCUAAUUUUUCACUUGAUAUUGUCUAUUUUGUGCUCGUGCUAAAACAAUAAAUAAAUAAGAUCCGUGCGACUAAAACAAAACCUACGACUAACACGUGCGACUAUACAAAAUAAAACAACUAAUUAAAAGGAACUCGUAAUAAAAUUGCUUGUUUGCAAAAUAAUUAAGUAAUAAUACUUUGAUAGGAAUGUCUGUUUGUUAUAUGUACAACUUAACAAUUAAAAUUACCAGCACCAUUUCUUUAUUUUACUGUAGUAUUAUUUCGUGUAGGGCAUGGAAGAGCAAGUCGGUGGUAGCUGAGUUGUUCUUCCAUGGAGUCUUUAUUGAUAAAACAAGGAACUCUGAAGCGCAAAAUUAUAAAUAAAAGCGAAAAAUAAUACUAUAAGUGCACAACCUUUGUCGUAAGAGAGGGAGAAUCGAAUAAAUAAACAGAAGAAUAGUGGUAACAUAUAUCUCACUUGCGGACAAGACUGUCAAAAGUCGCCCAAAAACAUGAAAAGAGACGUUUGUCAAUCCCGUCCUAACUACUACUAAAUAUAAUAUCUAACAAAUGUCGAGCCGCAGACGCGACUUGUUAUCACAUUUUAUCAAGAAUCCUAAUUUACAUUAUUUUCCAUUUUUAAUAUCAUACAAUGAGGGAUCGAAGAAACGAAAUCACACACAGAGAUUCUAUUGAAAUUAUUAUCCUAGUGAUGUGUCAUCGAAUUUGUUUGAAACUGCAAGUUUUUGAACUCACUAGUACCCUGCAAUGGACGUAACGGAACAAAAUCCGA